AUGUCUGACCAUCAGAUUGUCAUUAUCGGUGCCUCCUUUGGCGGCCUCGGAGUUGCUCAGGGUCUCCUGAAGCAGGUCCUACCUUCAUUGGGAGACAAGAAGGCCUACAAAAUCACCCAGAUUGCUCCCAAUGACGAGUUUUUCUGGAAGAUCGGUGCCCCAAGAGUCAUUGUGAACCCUACCUCCCUCUCUCUGGAGAAGACUCUCAUCCCAAUCGCACCUUACUUCAAGAACUACAAACCUGAGCAGUACGAAUUCAUCAAGGCCUAUGUCACCUCUAUCGAUCCUUCGAGCAAGACUGUCCACACCAGCACUUCCGCUGCCGUCCACUAUGACUCUCUUGUCAUUGCUUCAGGCACCAACUUUUCGACUGCCCUCUGGUCCGUCUCAGACGGCUCCGAGCCUCUGAAGGCCGCUCUUGAAGACAUCCAUGCACGGCUGCCCAAGGCGCAGUCUGUUCUUGUUGCAGGUGGAGGGGCGGCCGGUGUGGAGACCGCAGGCGAGCUGGGCGAGGUCUACGGAAAGAAAAAGGAAAUCACACUCUUGUCAGGUGCUCCUAGUCUGCUCCCUAGACUGCAGAACAAGAAAUUGGGUCAAGAUGCCCAGGCUCGACUCGAGAAGAUGGGGGUCAAGGUGAUCAAUGACGGCAUCCGCGUUGUGGAACACACUCAGCAAGAUGGCAAAGAAGUAUUGAAAUUGAGCAACGGAGAAACAAAGACAGUCGACGUCUACAUUGAGGCGACGGGUGACAGACCAAAUACCAAGUUCGUGCCUCAGGACUGGUUGGACGACAAGCAAAGGGUCAAGACAGAUCCUGCAACUCUUCGUCUGGACGUCCCCGGAGUCACAGGUGUUUACAGCAUUGGAUCAGUUGCGAGCUACUCUGACGGCUCGGUCUUGGAUAUCAAAUUCGCCAAGCCGGCUCUCUUGGAGAGCAUCAAGCUGGAUCUUCAAGGACAUGCUGCUGGCCCUCGCAACAAGAACAUCUACAAGAAGAUCACCAAAGACAUGCAGUUCGUGCCCCUCGGCUCCCAGCAGGGUGUUGGCGUCGCUUUCGGGUGGAAAUUGCCUAGCUUCCUGGUGAAGAUGGCAAAGAGCAAGGAUUUCAUGAUUGCCAAUGCAGUCAAGACCAUUGAUGGAACUGCUUGA